AUGGUCUGUCACUCCCUUGCCCUUCUGCUCGGCGGUUGUGUCCUUGUCUUGGGCUAUUCCCUGAAAGCAACAAAAUGCAAGAAUCUUUCUACAGGAAAUCAGAUCCAUUCUGACCAAAAAGGAUGCACACCCGACGGCGCUGGGGUUCCCUCCUUUCAGGAAGGAAGGGCCCUCACACCCUGCCAUUUCACCUGCAGAGACUCGCUGGAAAUGAUCAACGACAAGAGCAGCUGCAACGCCUUCCACCUGUGUCUCCCCGAUGGUCCGUUGGGACCUAUCACUUGCCCAGGAAACACCUACUUCCACUGGGAGAGUCAAACGUGCGUCGAAGAUAGUGGCGUCUGCUGCUCGGUCUCCUGCACGCCCAUGUGUACGUCCGUGGGCGUGCAGAUUCCCGACCCUAUUGACUGCGCCAGAUUCUACGUCUGCGUCGAAACCGGACAGCCCAGCGAGGACGUCCACCUCACUUGCCCGAGCGGGACGUUUUUUGAUGCUGAAACCCAUCGAUGUCUCGCCGAUGUCGAAUGCGAAGCCGUUUGUGCGCCCGGCGUGACCACCACCAGCGCAGCGCCGUGCACGCCGUUCUGCUCAACUGCGGGCGUGCAAAUUGCGGAUCCUAAUGACUGUACUAAAUUUUACAUCUGUAUUGAACAAGGAUUUCCAGACGAAGAUGUCCACGGGUCCUGUCGGCCGACCGAGCAUUUCGAUCCCGAAACGGGGCGCUGUGCGGAGGGAGGCGAGUGCGUGUCCCAGUGCGGAGCUUCGACCGGACCAACUGACACAACCUCAGUUUCAGAGUCAACUGGAACAGCCACUAUACCUUCAGAAACACCUACAACCAUAGAUGCAACCCCACCUUCAGAAACAACCACACCCACAGAUGUAACAUCUUCAGAAGCUAUCACGACCACAGAUGAAACACCUUCAGAAACAACCACACCCACAGAUGUAACAUCAGAAACAACCACAACCACAGAUGUAACAACACCUUCAGAAACAACCACAACCACAGAUUUAACAACACCUUCAGAAACAACCACAACCACAGAUGUAACAACACCUUCAGAAACAACCACAACCACAGAUGUAACACCAAAAACAACCACAACCACAGAUGUAACAACACCUUCAGAAACAACCACAACCACAGAUUUAACAACACCUUCAGAAACAACCACAACCACAGAUGUAACACCAAAAACAACCACAACCACAGAUGUAACAACACCUUCAGAAACAACCACAGCCACAGAUGUAACCACAACUUCAAACAACCACAAUGUAACAACACCUUCAGAAACAACCACAGAUGUAACAACACCUUCAGAAACAACCACAGAUGUAACAACACCUUCAGAAACAACCACAGAUGUAACAACACCUUCAGAAACAACCACAGAUGUAACACCUUCAGAAACAACCACAGAUGUAACAACACCUUCAGAAACAACCACAACCACAGAUGUAACAACACCUUCAGAAACAACCACAACCGCAGAUUUAACAACACCUUCAGAAACAACCACAACCACAGAUGUAACAACACCUUCAGAAACAACCACAACCGCAGAUUUAACAACACCUUCAGAAACAACCACAACCACAGAUGUAACAACACCUUCAGAAACAACCACAACCACAGAUGUAACAACACCUUCAGAAACAACCACAACCGCAGAUUUAACAACACCUUCAGAAACAACCACAACCACAGAUGUAACAACACCUUCAGAAACAACCACAACCACAGAUGUAACAACACCUUCAGAAACAACCACAACCGUAGAUUUAACAACACCUUCAGAAACAACCACAACCACAGAUAAACAACCACAACCACAGAUAUUUAACAACACCUUCAGAAACAACCACAGAUGUAACAACACCUUCAGAAACAACCACAUCCACAGAUUUAACAACACCUUCAGAAACAACCACAACCGCGGAUUUAACAACACCUUCAGAAACAACCACACCCAUAGACACAACUUCACCAGAAACACUAAAGCUGACGACGAUACUCUAUGA